AUGGCAAGAAAGAGAAAGUCUUGUGAUUUUGUAGAUGAUCAAGAAAAACUCAACCCCGGGGAGGGACACCUAUCCCCCAACUGGGACGAGAUGGUCAAGGAGGCGGCCGCCGUGGCCGCGUUGGGCGGCGUUAGGCGAGCGCGCAAGCGUUUUGUGGGGGUCCGCCAGCGCCCCUCGGGGCGCUGGGUGGCCGAGAUUAAAGACACUAUACAAAAAAUAAGGGUAUGGUUGGGCACAUUUGACACCGCGGAGGAGGCUGCCCGUGCCUACGACGAGGCAGCCUGCCUCCUCCGCGGGGCCAACACUCGAACUAAUUUCUGGCCCACAAAUUCAAAUUCUUCAACAACUCCCGCCCUCUCCUCGAAAAUCACCAACCUCCUACUGAGUAGGAUCAAGGCACGUAACAGUGCUUUGAUCGCUACUAAUUACAUAACUACCCCACAUUCGUCCUCGCCUAUGUCCCCCACUCCGCCUAUUGGCAACGAAGGCGACGCGCAACAAAUCCCCGACUACUUGGAGUCAAACUUCACCGACUUCCUCAACGAUCCCGACGAGGAUUACCCCGUCGAAAACAACGUCAUCGAAGCUAGUGAUCACAAAUACGUGAGUUACGACACGUUCGCAACGGACAAGUCGGACUCGGUUGAGAUAUCAAACGACACGUGA